GACACUUGUCUUAAUAAUGCCACCCUUCUCUCUCCUCACUCUCUCUCUAUACUAGUCUCAAAGUUCUCACGUUUUGAGAUUAUUUUACAAAAGAACAGAAAAGUACAGUUUCUUUAUUCUCUUUUUUUUAUAAACACUUUACAUCAUCACUCUUGGAGGAACACUUCUCUCAAUCUCCGGUCAACAAUGAGUUCAAUUUCUUAAAAAAAAAGUUUCAUUCUUUCCAAACUUAAUCUGAGAUUUGUUCUUCUGAGAAAUCCGACCCAAAAAAAAAAAAAAAAAUGAGAAAGACUUCAGUUUCAUCAAACAGUUUUGGUGGGUUUUUAAGUCCCGGAGCUCCGAGGUACGCCGAUAACAAAGGUUGGAGCUCCGAGAGAGUUCCUCAUCCUUCUUCUUCAACUACUUCCACCGCUUCGAUUAACGGUGGUCGUCGUCACAUCGGCUCAUCCUCAGCUUUAACGACACCGUUUUACAGCGGUAGAGCUAUACCUUCGAAGUGGGAAGAUGCUGAGCGGUGGAUUUGUAGCCCCGUUGCGUCGUACCCACAAGGUGUUUGUAAAAACUCCUCAGUGACUUCUGAGCAGAGGCGUCAGAAAUCUAAAAGCGGUCCUAUUGUUCCUCCUCCUAGUACGCUGCCUCAUCCUCAUCCUACGUCUUCCUCCUCGGCGAUUGGGUGUUACCACUACUCUCCGAGGAUGAUGAUGCGUUCUAUGGAAGCUCCUCCCAAGGGUUUAAUGGUUGUUGGUUCACCCUUCUCUACUGGUGUUUUGGAGGCGGAUAGGGUUUUUAGAGGCAGUGUCGGUGCUGUUGGUGGAUAUGAUAGCUAUGGACAUGGACCUGGACACGGUCAUAGCCGGAGCUGGGUUGAUUUGAUGAGUGAAGAAACUUCAUCUCUUAGUUCCAAAACUGAUACAGAGGAGAAAGCAGAGAUGAUGACGGCGAGUCAAUCUCCGGUGGUUUCAAGAAGAGAUAUGGCGACUCAGAUGAGUCCAGAAGAGACGAGUCCUAAUAAUAAUAAUCAGUCUCCACCACUGGUUGUUUCUGUGAUUGAGCCUCCUCCUUGUAGAGGUGAAGUGAGAGAAGUGAAAAUGGAUAAAGGAGCAAGGAUGAUUAAGCGUCCAAAGAGACGAGUAAUGUCUUCUAGGAUUAUUAGGAGAGAGCAACCUGAGGUUGAAGAUAACUCUGAAGCUUCUGCCUCUUCUUCUUCUUGGGAUAUCUCAGAACCAGCCAUGACUCUUUCUAAGUAUUCAAAGUUGCAAAGAGAGGAAGCUAAGAUUGCAGCUUGGGAAAAUCUGCAGAAGGCGAAAGCAGAAGCAGCCAUUAGAAAACUCGAGGUGAAACUGGAGAAGAAGAAAUCAGCAUCAAUGGAUAAGAUCUUGAACAAGCUUCAAACAGCCAAGAUAAAAGCACAAGAGAUGAGGAGAAGUUCAGUAUCCAGUGAACAUGAACAACAACAGCAACAAGGGAAUCAUCAAAUCUCCAGAAACUCGGUGAAGAUGAGUCAUCUUGUCCGAAGACAUACGUUCAUGACUCCUUUCAUGACUUGCUUUGCUCCUCGGGUUGAUUGCAGAAAAUCUUCUUCUGCUCUAUGAUUUUUUUUUAUUGAAAAGACAAAAUGUACACUGCAAAUUUUUCUUGUAAAGCUUUUUUCUGUUCCAACUUUUUUUA